AUGGCUGCCGGCAAUGCCUACAAUUUCCCGCUCUACUCCCACUCGCUGAAGUCGGUUCUGGGUUUCAACCAGCAGCAGCUUACCAUGCUUAACCAUGGACUUGGACACUUGGAGACACUUGUCAAAUACUCUAAUGCAAAUGCAUCUUCUGCACUCGUACCCCUUCUUCUUGCCUCUGAGCUGAAGCCUUUUGCUACUUGUACCCACCACCAAUGGCGGCACUCAGCAGGCACCCGACGGCCGUGGGUCGGCCUAGGAGCGGCGGUGUGGGUGCAAAUUGCAGCCGGCAAUGCCUACACUUUCCCGCUCUACUCCCACUCCCUGAAGUCGGUUCUGGGUUUCAACCAGCAGCAGCUCACCAUGCUGGGUGUGGCCAACGAUAUCGGCGAGAACUUCGGCCUUAUCCCCGGAUUCGUUUCCAAGAAGCACCCGCCGUGGCUAAUUCUUUUGAUCGGCGCUCUCGCCUGUUUCUUCGGCUACGGCCUCAUCUGGCUCACCGUCAGCAGCACCAUUCUGCCCCUGCCUUACUGGAUGUUAUGGAUUGCCCUUUGUGUUGCCGCUAAUAGUAAUGCUUGGUUUACCACGGCUGUGAUUGUUACCAACAUCAAAAACUUCCCUCUACAGCGUGGCAUAGUUGCUGGUAUUCUGAAAGGUUACGCGGGUCUAGGCGCAGCUGUAUUUACAGAAAGUUAUCGUGUUCUGCUUGGUAAUUCCUCUUCCAGGCUUCUGCUGUUCCUUACACUUGGAAUUCCCGUUCUGUGUUUCGCUAGCAUGUUUUUUGUGAAGCCUUGUACUCCGGCUCCAAAUGAAGACCCUGCAGAGCGUGGCCGCUUAGAUUUCAUCCAAGUUUCAAGCUUUGCGCUUGGAUUCUAUGUUCUCUUAACUGCAAUAUUGGAUGAUAACAUUUCCUUAAGUGCUCCAAUUACCAACACUCUUUUCGUUGUAAUGGUUCUACUUCUCAUGGCCCCACUCGCAAUCCCCGUUAAAAUGACAUUGUAUCCCACACCAGCCGGCGAAUUGGGAAUGCUUGGUCAAGCGGUUGGAUCUCCAGGUAGUUUGAACGAUGAAGGCGGCACUGCAGACCUAACUGAACCGCUACUGGAGCCAUCUGGCGUGGUUGGAUCUCCAGGUAGGUUAAAUGAAGGUCAUGAUUCAUCGGACGUGCCCUUGCUUCUUGCCGAGGGCGAGGGGGGAGUGAACGAAAAAAGAAAGCUAGGGGAAGAUUUCAAAUUCAUUGAAGCUGUGGUGAAGGCUGACUUCUGGCUUCUAUUCUUUGUUUUCUUUUUCGGGGUUGGCUCGGGGGUAACUGUUCUCAAUAAUCUAGCCCAAAUUGGGGUUGCACAAGGAUUUGAUGAUACAACAUUCUUGCUGUCUCUCUUCGGUGUUGGAAAUUUUGUUGGUCGUCUUGGGGGAGGAUUUGUUUCGGAACGCUUUGUCAGGUCGAAAACAAUCCCUCGGACAGUUUGGAUGACGUGCACUCAAAUCAUAAUGUUCGCCACAUACCUGCUGUUUCCUUCUGCCAUCAACGCAACCUUUUGUACUGCAACGGGAAUACUUGGAGUCUGCUACGGUGUCCAAUUUUCUGUCAUGAUCUCAACUGUCUCGGAACUCUUUGGCUUGAAGGAUUUUGGCACACUUUACAAUUUCAUGGCACUAGGGAAUCCUCUGGGUGCACUACUCUUUUCAGGCCUCCUAGCCGGGUACGUAUAUGACAACGAGGCAACGAAGCAGCAGGGGAUUCAUCUCUACGGGACAAAUGUCUCCUGCGUGGGUCCGAAUUGCUUUAGGCUCACCUUCCUGGUUCUUGCUGCUGUCUGUUUUGUCGGUAGCAUCUUAAGCAUCGUUCUGUCUUUAAGGAUAAAGCCCUUUUACCAAAAUCUUUACGCUGGGGGCUCCGUCGGGGUACUUCCAAAUACAAACCAACAAGAUCAAGGAGCGGCGAGUGCAAGUUGAACUGUCUAGAGAGCCAUCAUACUCAAGCCUAUCUCGAUACAUCUACAUCAACUAUCUGAGACGUAUGUAAAAAG